UAAUCUGUACUAAUAAACAAUCAUUUCAGUCUGUGUGAAGUGUUAAUACUGUUCUGUUGAAAUGUUUAAAAUUAUUUUCUUCAUAAUAUACAUCGCGGUGACUUGUUUCGCCACUGAGGAGACAAUACGAUGUGGAUUCAUAUCAAAUGAAAUUUAUUCGUGUACAGGUUUACCUUCAGUAGUGAAACCAGAUAUAUCGGCCAAAUGUAGAACAAAAGUCAAUCAGUGCGACCAAAUGACAUGUAUAUUUAAAGAAGCAGGCUGGAUGACCGGAGGUAAAGUUGAUAAGAAAAAAUUGUCGGAACACUUCGAUGAAUUCAAGCGGGAAUUCCCCGAGUGGAGCGCCGCGGUGGCCAAAUUGAAAAACUCGUGCAUUGACAGCGAGCUGCUACCUCAGGGGCUGUACCUAAACUGCCCGGCCUAUGACGUCAUGCAUUGUGCCUUGACUAGCUUUAUUCAGAACACUCCAGCUAGCAAUUGGGAUAGGGAGCCUGGGACCGGGUGUACCUACUCUCGUCAGUUCGCAGCUUCGUGUCCCCUCUGCCCCUCCGACUGCUUUGCUCUGCUCGUGCCGGCGGGCUCCUGCAAUGCCUGUUUGCUGUUGCCUAGAAUCUCUUGAUAUUUUAUUAUAUGAUUUGCAAACCUUCUUGAUACUUUAUCACGAUUAAAAUUUAUGUAAUUAA